CAGAUUUACAUCGAUAUCAGUGACCAGUGACCAAGCUCAACAAACCAACCAACUUACUUACUUCUCAAUCCUAUCCAAACCAUCAAACUAAUCAAACUAUCUCUCAUGAUAACCUAUCAAUCUGCAAUUCAAUAACCAACCAAUUCUCAUUCAAGAUGAUCAAACUGAAAUUAGUAGGACCUGCUUUACUUUAUAGUAUAUCAACUUUUGCCAGUUUGGGUGUCUUUCUGUUCGGAUAUGAUCAGGGUGUCAUGUCCGGUAUCAUCACUGGACCUUAUUUUAAGGCUUUCUUUCAUCAGCCAACUCGAUAUGAAAUCGGAACAAUGGUAGCGAUUCUCGAAAUUGGAGCUUUCAUUACUUCAAUCAUUUCAGGAAAAGCUGGUGAUAUAUUCGGUAGAAGAAGAACUCUUUUUAUCGGAGCUGUGAUUUUUACUAUUGGUGGUGCUAUUCAAGCUUUUUCGGCUGGGUUUUCCAGUAUGGUCUUUGGUAGAAUCAUUUCCGGGUUUGGUGUUGGAUUCCUUUCAACAAUCGUACCUAUCUAUCAAUCUGAAAUUUCACCUGCAGAACACCGAGGUCAAUUAGCAUGUAUCGAGUUCACCGGUAACAUCUGUGGAUACGCAUCAUCAGUAUGGUUAGAUUAUUUUGCAUCAUACAUAGAAUCAGAUUGGUCAUGGCGAUUUCCAUUACUAUUUCAAUGUGCAAUCGGACUCAUUCUAGCCAUCGGAUCAUUAAUCAUACCAGAAAGUCCAAGAUGGUUAUUAGAUACAGAUCAAGAUAUAGCAGGGAUGAGAGUUUUAGUUGAUUUACAUGGUGGGAAUCCUAAGAGUGAAAAAGCAAGACAAGAAUAUAUUGAAAUUAAAGAAGCGGUUUUGGAUGAUCGUUUGAGCCCUGAUCGGUCUUAUCUUGCUAUGUGGAAAAAAUAUCGGGGUAGAGUUUUAUUGGCUAUGUCUGCGCAAGCCUUUGCUCAAUUGAACGGAAUUAACGUAAUCUCAUAUUACGCUCCACUCGUCUUUGAGUCAGCUGGAUGGAUUGGAAGAGAUGCAAUCUUGAUGACCGGUAUCAAUGGAAUAGUCUACAUUCUUAGUACACUACCUACAUGGUACUUGGUCGACCGAUGGGGACGACGGUUCAUCUUAUUAUCAGGAGCCCUUGUGAUGGCUUUCUCAUUAACACUGAUCGGCUGGUUCCUUUAUAUCGAUACAUCUUACACGCCAUCUUGUGUAGUGAUCUGUGUAAUGAUUUACAAUGCAUUUUUUGGAUAUUCAUGGGGUCCAAUUCCUUGGUUAUAUCCACCUGAAAUUAUUCCAUUACCUUUUAGAGUUAAAGGUGUUUCGAUCAGUACUGCAACUAAUUGGUUUUUUAAUUAUUUAGUUGGUGAAGUUACACCUGUUUUACAAGAUGUAAUUCGUUGGAGACUCUAUCCUAUGCAUGCAUUCUUUUGUGUUUGUAGUUUUCUUCUAGUUUAUUUUGCUUAUCCUGAAACGUGUGGAGUACCCUUAGAAGAAAUGGAUGAAUUAUUUGGAGAUGUCGGAUUAGAAGAUACUGAAAAUCAAUCAUUAGUAAAUUCAGAAAGAUCUUCAAUUCAAAGAGCAUUAGAACCACCUGAUUUAACUAGUUUACCAAUAGGUGAAGAAGAGAAUGAGGCUCAAGGUGGGAUUUUGGGAUUCUUUUUACCUAAUCUUGGUAAAAGUACGCAUGGGUAUGAAAGAACUUCUGAUUGAAGAAUAAAAGAUGAUUUUUAAGAUUGUAGUAAGGUUUUAAACAGAAAAAUGGCGGUGGCGGUGAUGAUGGUGGUGAUCGUGAUUGUAGUUUGUAACUUUUUUUUCUUCGAAUUUAUACUUCCUGAAUGUACUUCGUAAAAAAUGCAUUGCUUUCCUUUUAUUUCCUUUUGUUUUGUUUUUGAUUAUGUUUGAUUGUUCUUCUUUUAGGUUUGCUUUUUGCUUUUUUUUACUUUUGAUGUUUUUUUACUGAUUGAAUUUAAUUAAUUUUAAUAAAAGAUGAACAAAAAAAAUUAUUGACUAUGUUGCGUUUUGAUGUAUAUUAUAAACUCUUGAAGAAAUUUAUUUGAAAUUUUUAUUUUGUUCAUCAAUGAAGUGGUUAUUAAUAACUAUUGGAUUAGAUUUUAAAUGAUGAUUUAUAGAAAGGGAUAGGUACUAACAGAACUUCAGUCUCAGAUUUCGAGGGUUUUGAAUUUGUUUAGGACGACGUCAGUGAGGUUUAGAAGUGAUGUUCAAACUAAAGAUACAUCAAGAAUUUUUUGUGAUAAUAUCUCCUUAUAGUUGGAGAAGGCAAGACCCUGUAGAUUCCAAAACCAGAAAUCUCAAAGUUUGGAAACAUGAACUCAACAAGGAUUGCAAUGAUGUGACAUCAUUCCAGUUACUCAUAAAUCUAAGACUCUAUGUAUACUCUUGAUGAGUCCAAUCAAUCCUGAGUCUCAUGUUUUCAUCGAUUUCAGAGAUGUCAAAUCAGAUUGAUUGUGCAUCUUUUCAAUAUGUUUGUUUCAAAAAUCCGUGUAUGCUAGCACCAAUUUUUGAAUUGAUAAGUACUCACC